AUGGGUUAUUUCAGCCUGUCUGCAGGACGUGCCGCCUGCGGCCAGCUGGGAAGGUAUGAUGGGAACUGCUGGGGUCUGCUAACUUCCCAGGAGGAACCAGACAGCGUUUUGAACUUCCCUCUGCCUGGAGAUGCUGCUGUCUGUCACUUCAGUGCUAAGAUUGGACAGACAGAGAUUGUAGCUGAGGUGAAGGAGAAACAGAAGGCUCGUGAGGAGUAUGAUGAUGCUUUGAGCUCUGGUAGGGAGGUCUUCCUGUUGGAGGAGAGUGAUCAGAGUCCAGAUAUAUUCUCUCUGAGUGUGGGCAGUCUGCGUCCAGGAGAGAGCGCCUCCAUCAGGCUGGAGUACGUCACUGAGCUGGCUGUGCAGGCUGAUGAAGGGCUGAGGUUUUGUCUGCCUGCUGUGCUCAACCCUCACUACCAACCUCGGGGAAGUGAAGAUGUUUGUAUCCAGGUGACCUCUGUUCCAGCCUCUCUGGUGCCCUACAGUCUGUCUUUCUCUGCCCGAGUGUCCUCUCCUCGUCCAGUCUCUAAAGUAGAGUCCAACUGUCCCCUGGACGCUCUCCAGUACCUCAACACAGAGCAAACCCAGGCUACGGUCAAGAUGGCUGCAGGACACAAGUUUGACAGAGAUGUUGAACUGCUGAUUUAUUACAAAGAUGCCCACCAGCCCACUGCUGUGGUGGAGGUAGGACAGGCCUCUGCUAAGCCUGGCUCUCUGAUGGGUGAUCCAGUGGUGAUGCUGAGCCUGUACCCUGAGUUCCCCCAGGCUGUGAUGUCUUCAGUGGCCUCAUGUGCAGAGUUUGUGUUCUUACUGGAUCGAUCUGGCAGUAUGGCAGGGUCCCGUAUAAAGAAUGCCAGGGAUACUUUGCUGCUCUUGUUAAAGAGCUUACCCAUAGGCUGCUAUUUCAACAUCUACAGUUUUGGGGACUGCCAUGAACACAUCUUCCCCUACCCACGUAGGUCAGAUGCGAGCUCAGUACCGCCUACAGACAGCCAUGUCCCACCUUCAUCAGGCGGCCGAGGAAGCAGAGUGGCUACAGAGGCUCAGUUCCUGGAAGGCGCCCCCCCCCCACUGCAGUGCCAUUGUCACGUCAACCGCCAUAAGAGUAGACGCCCCACAGCCUCUGCUGCGGCUGUGUCCUCCCAGGCCUCGACCUCCACUUCUCCGCCCGGCCCCCCUCUCCUGCAGCGGCAGCCGGCUCCACCUAACCGGCAGGCUUCACGGGGCCAGAAGACCAUGAGGGCAGCCCCCACCUGGUCCAACCCACCCCCCGAGCCACCCAGUAAACAGCGGCGACGGUGGCAAUGA